GUCAAAAUGUCGAACAGUUCCAUUCUUUGCUUGUCUACUUUGGUGCUCUUCUUUUUAGUGGGCUCGACACAUGGAUUCGUGCGAACAACGAAAAAAAUACCAGAAGGCGUGACGGUGCAAAGCAGCAAAACAACCGAUCCACUUUGCGUGAAAACAACACGGAAGAUUGAAGACCGAGGCGGAAGCAGAGAAGAGAAUGACUGCGGAGAGGAAAAAGUUGGCGGAGAUGGAGAAAGUGAAGGAGAACAAAGAGAACAGGAAGAGGCCGACGAAGAAGGACUUACUGAAGGAAACGAAAAAAUGGAAGAUGAAGAUGAAGAAUACGGUGAAGAAGAUGAAGGACGCGAAGAACAGGAGGAAGAAGAAGAAGAAGAGGAAGAAAUGACAGAAGAGGAAGAAGAAGAGGCUGCUGAAGAAUUAGAAAAUGAAGAAGAAGGAUCCCAAGAAGAACACGAAGAAGAUGAAGAAAGCUGGGAAGAGCACCACGAAGAACAAGAAGAGCAAGAAGAAGAAGAAGAGGAAGUAGAGGAAGGCGAUGGAGGGAUUGACAAAGACGAGGAAGAGAGCACAGGAGAAGAACAAGAAGGAGAAGCAGAAGAAGAAGAAGAAAACGAAGAAGUUGGCGAAGAAGAACCAGUUAACGAAGGAGACGUAAGAGAAGAAGAAGAAGAAGAAGAAGAAGAAAAAGACGAAAGAGAGCAAGGAGAAGAGGUUGGCGAAGAAGAAGAAGAACAAGAACACGAAGAAGAAGAGGGAGAAGAAGAAGAGGAAGAAGAAGCAGAAGAAAAAGAAGGCGAAGAAGAACAAGAAGAAGAGGUUGGGGAAGAAGCAGCGGUUACCGAGGGAGACGAGGGAGGAGAAGACGAAGAGGAAGAA